AUGUCCGUGCUGCUCGAGACCUCCGUCGGCGACAUCACGAUCGACCUGCGCGUCGACGAGGCCCCCAAGUGCUGCGAAAACUUCCUAAAGCUCUGCAAGCUCAAGUACUACAACUAUGCUCCCGUCUACUCUGUCCAGAAGGACUUUUCUUUCCAGACCGGCGACCCCAUCGGCCCGGACUCCAAGGACAGCGAUGGCGGCUCCUCGGUCUGGGGCUUGCUCGAGCCCAUGAACCCCGCCAAGAAGACCUUCGUCCCCGACCUGAGCGCCAAGCUCAAGCAUGCCGAGCGCGGCACCGUCAGCAUGGCAACGCUGCCCGGGCCGCACGAUCCCGACGAGCGCCUGGCCGGGAGCCAGUUCCUGGUGACGCUGGGCGAGAACAUUGAAUACCUGGACGGGAAGGGCGCCGUGUUCGGGCAGGUGGUGGAAGGCUUCGACGCGCUGGAGAAGAUCAACAAUGCCUUUGCGGAUGAGACGGGGCGGCCGCUAAAGGACAUCCGCAUCCGACACACGAUCGUGCUCGACGACCCGUUCCCCGACCCACCGGGGCUGGUCGAGCCGCCCGAAAGCCCCGUGCCCUCGCAGGCGCAGCUGGCAACGGUGCGCAUAGCCGACGACGAAGACAUCCAAGAGGGUGACCCCGAGCACCUGGAGAAGCUGCGGCGCGAGCGCGAGGCCCGCGCCCAGGCCCUCACGCUCGAAAUGAUGGGCGACCUGCCAUUUGCCGAGGUCAAGCCCCCGGAGAACGUCCUCUUCGUGUGCAAGCUGAACCCCGUGACACAAGACGAGGACCUCGAGAUCAUCUUCUCGCGCUUCGGCAAGAUCCUGUCGUGUGAGGUGAUCCGCGACAAGACGACGGGCGACAGCCUGCAGUACGCCUUCAUCGAGUUCGACGAGCAAAAGGCAUGCGAGCUAGCCUACUUCAAGAUGCAGGACGUCCUGAUCGACGACCACCGCAUCCACGUCGACUUCUCGCAGUCCGUCUCCAAGCUCUCGACGACGUGGCGCGACGCGACGAACAGCAAGCGCCUGCGUCGCCAGGGCGGCGGCUUCGGCGGCAUCGACAGCCUGGAGAAGAAGCGCCAGUACCGCGCCGAGCUGCCCGAGGAUGACGACGCCCGCGACGCCGGCUACGGCAUGGUGUUUGAGCGGGGCCAAGGGCGCAAGGGGGCCGACAGGGGGGCCGACGGCGGCGCCCACCGGCGGCAGCGCAGCCACAGUCCGCGCGAGAGGCGGAGGGAUGGCAGAGAUGAGUACAGGCGCAGGGAUGACAGAGACAGGCACGACGACCGGCGUAGAGACGACUACAGGCGUGGCGGCGACGACAAGUUCCGCGGCAGCGGGCGAGACAGGAGCAGGGAGCGGUACGGCAGGCGCGAGGAGCGGUACCGUGAUCGUGACCGCAGCGGCUACGAGCGCAGACGGUAG